UCUGGCCCGAGGCAGCGCCCCGGAAGCAGCCGUGGAGGUCGGAGCAGGCGGGCGGGACCGGCGCGGAUGUGGCGAGGCUGCUGAACCCAGGUUCCGUGGUAUGGCGGGGACGGCGCUGAAGAGGCUGAUGGCGGAGUAUAAGCAAUUAACCCUGAAUCCUCCAGAAGGAAUUGUAGCAGGCCCCAUGAAUGAAGAGAAUUUUUUUGAAUGGGAGGCAUUGAUCAUGGGCCCUGAAGACACUUGCUUUGAGUUUGGUGUUUUUCCUGCCAUCCUGAGUUUCCCACUUGACUACCCCUUGAGUCCUCCAAAGAUGAGAUUCACCUGCGAGAUGUUCCAUCCCAACAUCUAUCCCGACGGGAGAGUCUGCAUCUCCAUCUUGCAUGCCCCAGGCGAUGAUCCCAUGGGCUAUGAGAGCAGUGCUGAGCGGUGGAGCCCUGUGCAGAGUGUAGAGAAGAUCCUGCUUUCCGUGGUGAGCAUGCUGGCAGAGCCCAAUGACGAGAGUGGAGCGAAUGUAGAUGCUUCCAAGAUGUGGCGGGAUGACCGGGAACAGUUCUACAAGAUUGCCAAGCAGAUCGUCCAGAAGUCUCUGGGGCUCUGAGGCCACACCGCGUGCACACUGCGCAGUCCAGCGCUGUCCUCCAGAACACUUGGCAACGGAGCUGCCAUGCCGACACCAACACAGGCCUCUGCAGAGCCACAGCACCUAUGGUUCCUUCCUUUCCACCCCAGCCGGGCAGCUCCCCUGAAAUCAUGACUGGAGUAAUGCCAGCUGCUGUGCUCCAAAGGACUCCUCCUGCCGCGCCUCAGGGAGGGUCCAGGCUGUCCUCACUACCUCUCCCAGCCACGGGUCCUCAGCUCUGCUCCCUCCCUCCUGCAGUGCUGAGGACCUGCCUCUGACAUCCGCAGGGGCUGGGUGUACCAGUGCUGCCCCUUCUGAGGACGUGGGGCCUUGGAGAAAGCAGUGUGGGCCUGGUGUCCCCGCCUCUCAGUUCCUAGGUGUCCCAGGAGGCCUUCUGAGCUUCUUUUGACACUCUGCACUUACGAGCCCGGGCUGCCUUUGGCGUGGUGACAGGCUUGCUGUGUGCAUCACAGAUGUCACCGGAGCCCCCUGCAGGGGCUCUUUGGUAAAUAGGUUCAUGAGAAGAGGGGACCUGGGUCACCAAGGCUGCUGCUCUUCCUGGUUACAUCCAUGUCUGAGUUACUGGUGCACACUAGAGCAGGUGGGGACGGCCAGGGCUUUAGCGGGGGUCUCGCCCGGGGGUUCUGUAUAUAUACAUGUGGUCGCACCGGGUUUAGCUCUAGGAUCAAAUUGUUCUUCACUGUCAGGGUUGGAAGGGAAUCUGCCACUAGGUGCUCAGCAGAGGUGCCCACUUUGAACCGGACAGCUGGGAAGUGGCUGUGGUGCAGGCCGGGGGUGGAGGGUCUCAAACAGCAGGACUGGGAAGUGGCUGUGGUGCAGGCCGGGGGUGGAGGGUCUCAAACAGCAGGACCAUACUGAGCAGCCGUGCCCGAGCAGACCCCACAAGCAAUAACAGAUCUUCAGUGUAAGCGGAUGCUUGGCCUUUUCUAACCAGGUUCCAUUUGAACAUGAGUUUCUAUUUUUAAAGUGCAGCUCAUCUGUGGGGGGUGCAGCAGAUCUCGCUGCAUAGGAUCUGCUUUUCCUUGCUCACAUGUCAGCGGCCAGGGCUGUGCAUGUUUCAUGGUGUUAGUAGUUCCCAGCUCUGGGGCUCCAACUGGGCACCUAUGGGAACCUCAUGCUUUCCUUCUCCCAAGGGAGUCCGUUUCUAUUUGAAAUGCAGCAGAGUCUGGUGUUGGGAGGUGCAGGAGAAGGGAAUUGUACCGAAAUAGUAUUUGUAGGCCAUUGAGAUGAAGCCCUUUCUGCAAAGAAGUGGCCUGUGUGGGGACGUGAACACCCGCAGAGUGGCCCCAGGGCAUGUCACCACCCUCAGGCUUCCCUGGCAAGUGGGGGAAGACAGGCAGUCUCUUUACAAAACAAAAGUAUUUUUAUUCAUUUGUAUUUAUUAAAUGAAAAAAAGAAUCCUCUGGUGUCCCUCUUGUGUGGUGGACUUUAAUUGCUGUUCAAUAAAACUGUAUAUCCCAUGUCCA